GUGAGUUAUUACUACUAGUAUUUUAAUACUUGGUCAAUGCCACCUCCUCUUCUUCACUUCCUAACCCAUGGCGCAAUUGCCAACCUUCUUACUCGUCAAACGUUUGCAAUUCAACCGCGUCAUUCCCAUCAUCACCUUCGCCUGGGGCCUGGCAUGCCUCUGCACGGGCUUUGUGCACAACUUCGCCGGGCCUCGUCACCACGCGCCUAUUCCUAGGCUUGUUUGAGGGCUGCCUGUUCCCAUCCAUGACGCUCUUUUUCUGCAACUGGUACACGAGGGAAGAACUGGGCAUCCGCAUCGCCUAUCCGCUCAUCGCGAGCGCGCUGAGCGGCGCAUUCGGUGGCCUUAUUGCCUUUGGCAUUCUGUAUAUGGACGGCGUCGCGGGAUGGUCCGAGUGGCGGUGGUUAUAUAUUAUUGAAGGGAUUAUCACCAUCCUCUAUGCGGCUUAUUGCAUCUUCCUCGUUCCCAAGAGCUUCGAGACCGCCUACUUCCUCAACGAUGAAGAGAAGGCCCUGAUGCGACAACGAGCCCACCGAACACAAGCAUACUCCGAUUCCGGAGGCCCCGGGCAUCACAGCAAAGCAAAUAUCGGAGAAGCAGCCAAGGAUGUCAAGAGCUGGAUACAUGGGAUCAUUCAGAUCGCCAUUGCCACGAUAUUGUAUGGCUUCGGCACGUUCCUGCCCAUCAUCAUUCGGAAUGGAUUCCACUUCUCCAUCAAACAGGCACAAUACCUCGUUAUCCCCGUCAACCUCUGGGGCGCCAUCGUCUACGCGAUCGGUGCCUACCUAUCCGACCGCCACCAGACGCGCUUCCUGCCGCUCAUUCUGACGACGCCCAUCGGCAUCGCCGGCUACGCCGUCGUCCUCGCCCCUGUCGGCCCGUACGUGCAGUAUUUCGCGACCUACCUCGUCGCCACGGCCUGCUUCCUCUGCACGGGCGGGAACAUCACCUGGCUGACGGCCAACUGUGCGCCCGACGGCAAACGCGCCGCGUCGUUGGGCAUUCUGCUGACGCUCACCAAUAUUGGCGGCGUGGUGUCGGGUCAGAUCUAUCAGAGUAACACCGCGCCGGAGUAUACGCUGGGCCAUGCGUGGAGCUUGGGAUGUUUGGCUUUUGCGUGGUGCGGGUGGUGGGUUGUGAGGGGGAUGUAUAAGAGGAGGGAGGCGGGAAAGGAGAGGAAGAUUGCGGAGGGAUAUGGCAGGCCUGCUGCUGGGGGGAUGUACACGGAACGUGAGCCGGAUUUCAGGUAUCAGAUAUAGUUCGAUGUACAAGGUACUAGUAAGGUAGUAGUUACCUCCUAUUAGUCACCGAGCUAGGCUGGGCGAAGCGAGUGAUAUACAGUACAA